GGUGGCGGAUGGAGCUGGUGGCGGGGUGCUACGAGCAGGUGCUGCUGGGGUUCGCCACGCGGCCCGGCCAGUCCUGGACAGUCGUGCCUGAUUUUACCCAUCAUGCCCAUUCUGCCUCGUUAUCAGCUGUAGCAGUGAAUAACAGAUUUGUGGUCACUGGGAGCAGAGAUGAGACAAUCCAAAUCUAUGACAUGAAAAAGAAGAUAGAACAUGGGGCUCUGAUACAGCACAAUGGUACAAUAACUUGUUUGGAGUUCUAUGGGACUGCACAUCUACUGAGUGGGGCUGAGGAUGGACUCAUUUGUAUCUGGAACACAAAGAGAUGGGAAUGUCUGAAAUCCAUUAAGGCACAUAAGGGACAUGUGACAUCUCUUUCUAUUCAUCCUUCUGGGAAAUUAGCUUUGUCAGUUGGAACAGAUAAAACGUUAAGAACCUGGAAUCUUGUUGAAGGACGAUCAGCCUUCAUCAAAAACCUGAAGCAAAAUGCACACAUAAUUAAAUGGUCCCCUGAUGGAGAGAAGUAUGUGACUGUGAUAACAAACAAAGUGGAUAUCUACAGACUUGACACAGCUUCAAUCACAGGCACCAUUACAACAGAGAAGAGGAUUUCUUCACUUAGAUUUAUUACAGAUUCUAUCCUUGUCAUAGCUGGAGACGAUGAAAUGAUUAGGUUCUACAGCUGUGACUCUCAAAAAUGUCUGUGUGAAUUUAAAGCUCAUGAAAACAGAAUAAAAGAUAUUUAUAGUUUUGAAAGAGAAGGACAGCAUGUUAUUGUUACUGCAUCCAGUGACGGUUACAUUAAAAUGUGGAAUCUGGAUCUUGAUAAGAUUAAAGAUGGGCCAUCUUUACUGUGUGAAGUCAAUACCAAAGCUAGGCUGACAUGUCUUGCAGUAUGGCUUGACCGAGCUUCAGAAAUGAAAGAAAACACUGAUAAAACUGCAACAUCAUCUCAAGAAACAGAAGAUGAAAAAUCAUCAGUAACCAGGAUAGACAAAGAUUUUUGGACUACUAAAAGGGUUAAAAUAGCAAAAAGAAAGAGAAAAAUUAUUCCUGAGAAGCAAAAGCUGAAAGCUCCAGUGCAAAAGAAGAAAAAGAAACAGAAUAGCUCGGCAUGAAGGCAGCAACUUUCUCUCUGCUAUAAAAAGUAAAUGCUGGUGUUGCCCUAGUUUUUAUAAGAAUGUAAACCCUAACAGGACAUGUGCCUCUGACCUGAUGUGUUGUUUAAAAGUAAUUAAUGUUCUUACCCUACUAAACUGACUGAUCAUUCUGUUAACUUUUCCUUAAGUGAACAAAGCAAAAAUAAAUUCAUAAUAUGUAAUGUUUAUAUUUUUCUAUUAAAAAUAACAUACAC